AUGCAGGUCUCCACGGCUGCUCUUGCUGUCCUCCUCUGCACCAUGGCUCUCUGYRACCAGGUCUUCUCUGCACCAUUUGGUGCGGACACCCCGACAGCCUGCUGCUUCUCCUACGUGGCCCGGCAGAUUCAACGCAAAUUCAUAGWGGACUAUUUUGAGACCAGCAGCCAGUGCUCCCAGCCAGGUGUCAUCUUUGUCACCAAAAGAGGCCGUCAAGUCUGUGCCCAUCCCAGUGAAGCCUGGGUCCAGGAAUACAUCAGGGACUUGGAGUGAUCCAGCAAGAAACAUUGAGAGGUGUGGGAAGAUGGGGAUCUAGGGGACUGUCCCUGCAACCCCCGAAGUCUUCUCUCCUAUGGGUCCCUUCACCCUCCACUAACCAUACUCUGAAGCCUUUCUUAGUUUUUCUUGAGUUAAUUAAAUCAGAUACUGUCAAUCAUUUGACCUUCUGGAUGUUUCCUCUGAGGAAUCGUAUGGCACCCUCUUUUCCUAGCCCUCUUCCCUGUCACUCAUAUAGUGGUUGAUUUGUACUUAGGGGGAUUGUGAAAGAUUGUGUCCUUCUUUCUCUAAGGCCUUUCUGGACCAAAUCCAUCCAUAGAUACUUACUGAGUUUUUGGGAACUCUUUAU